GGGCGUGGCCAAGCGGCGACGCACAGUGGAGGCGGGGCCUCCGUGAUCGGGCGCGGUGGAGUGGGCGCUUCCUGGCUGCGGCGAUGGCCGGGAGAGGGAAGCUGAUCGCAGUCAUCGGAGACGAGGACACCGUCACUGGUUUCCUGCUGGGCGGCAUAGGGGAGCUUAACAAGAACCGCCACCCCAACUUCCUGGUGGUGGAGAAGGAUACAACCAUCAAUGAGAUCGAAGACACUUUCCGGCAGUUUCUAAACCGGGAUGACAUUGGCAUCAUCCUCAUCAACCAGUACAUCGCGGAGAUGGUACGACACGCCCUGGACGCCCACCAGCGCUCCAUCCCGGCCGUCCUGGAGAUCCCAUCCAAGGAGCACCCUUACGAUGCCGCGAAGGACUCCAUCCUACGCAGGGCCAGGGGCAUGUUCACUGCAGAGGACCUGCGCUAGGGCGCGCCCACAGUCUCUCCCUCAACUCCAAACCUCUCCACAGCCUUGCUACCAGUCCUUCUCUAAGUUUUGAGCCUCUGAUAUCCAAUUCCCCGCCCCUUCCGACUCCACCGAGAGGCUUCUAGGUUGUUAAAAUCCAGGCUGGUUAGGGGCAGGAAGCCUGACUGUCUCCUCUCUCCACUACCUCGUCCCUGUGCUGUUACACAGUGUCAUUGUCGAUGUUAAAUUAAAGUAAUAUUCUUUCUUCUCUCCAA